UUCAUCGCGUCGUCGCUCCUGUACGUUCCGGCCUGAAUGACCAUAUUUCCGACGGCACAUUAAGGCAGCACAAGUUUAGACGUCUAGCGGUAACGCGUCGCUCCGAUCAAUCAAACAAACAAACAAACGAACAAUCAGACAGACGGACUCGACUGACUGACUGAUUUACCGACUGACCAAGCUGCGGAACAAACAAAGUGAGAGCGCCCGAAUAUGAAACGCCCGGGAAAUGUAAUAACGUUGUUUCUGACAACAUCUACGCUUCUACUUUGCCUGUAUUCAGUCAGAGGCGACUACUGUGAGGUGAAUCUCUGCCACAAUGGAGGGACAUGUGUGACGGGUGUAGGAGAGGAUCCCUUCAUCUGUAUCUGUGCAGAUGGCUUUGGCGGAGACACCUGCAACCUGACAGAGACAGGACCCUGCAGCCCUAACCCCUGUCAAAACGAUGGGUCGUGCGAAGUCAUCACUCCGACCAGACGAGGAGAUGUUUUCAACGAGUACAUCUGCAAGUGCCAGCCCAGCUUCGAGGGAGCGCACUGCCAGAUCAAUGUGAAUGACUGUGAUAACCAGCCUUGUAAAAAUGGAGGAGCAUGCAGAGAUCUUGAUGGAGACUACACCUGCCAGUGCCCUUCACCAUAUGUUGGAAAGCAGUGCCAGCUACGUUGCAUUUCUCUGCUGGGGAUGGAGGGAGGUGCAAUCGUGGAGUCCCAGAUUUCUGCUUCCUCUGUGCACUACGGCAUUCUGGGUCUCCAGCGCUGGGGCCCGGAGUUGGCGCGCCUCAACAACCAAGGCAUCGUCAACGCGUGGACGUCCGCCGCCCAUGACAAGAACCCCUGGAUCGAGAUUAAUAUGCAGAAGAAGAUGCGUCUGACGGGCAUCAUCACUCAGGGUGCCAGUCGCAUGGGCACGGCCGAGUACAUCAAGGCCUUCAAGGUGGCGAGCAGCUUUGACGGAAACACUUAUACCACUUACAAGGUGGAUGGCCAACGGAGAGACAAGGUUUUCGUGGGCAACAUAGAUAACGACAGCACGAAGACCAACCUUUUUGAUCCUCCAAUCGUGGCCCAGUACAUCCGCAUCAUCCCCGUGGUUUGCCGCAGGGCCUGCACGUUGCGCAUGGAGCUGGUGGGCUGUGAACUCAAUGUCUAUUCAAACACGGCAGGUUGCUCAGAGCCUCUGGGGAUGAAGUCUCGCCUCAUCUCAGAUGGGCAGCUUUCAGCCUCCAGCUCCUUCCGCACGUGGGGCAUCGACACCUUCACGUGGCACCCUCAGUUUGCCCGACUGGAUAAGCAGGGAAAGACAAACGCCUGGUCUCCUGCCCACAACAACCGCUCAGAGUGGAUCCAGGUCGAUCUGGAGAAGACAAAGCGCCUCACAGGCAUCAUCACUCAGGGGGCGAAGGACUUUGGGGUUGUUCAGUUUGUGUCAGUGUUUAAAGUCGCUUACAGUAACGACGGAGAGUCGUGGAGUACGGUGAAGGACAAGAACACCGGCAAUGACAAGCUUUUCCAAGGCAACGUUGACAACAACACCCACGAGAAGAAUCUAUUUGAGCCUCCGUUCUACGCCCGGUAUGUUCGAGUGGUCCCCUGGGAGUGGCACGAGCGCAUCGCUCUACGCAUGGAGCUGCUGGGCUGCGAUGACUAGACGCUCGGCGAUAAGCGUUUUAUCAGUGCUCCAUGCUCAUCCAGCUGCUCCCACUCCUCAGAGCACAGCUGAGAAUGGAUCUUGAACAGAAUGGAGAUCGCGUUUGCUGAAUAGCUUGGACUUUUAACACUUGUAGCACUUUCUGACUAGUGACUUUUUUUUAAUGUUUCCGUUAAUAAAAUUGUUUGACAUUGCAGCUUGUAGGUGCUCACAGAGAGUCCCGCGUUGAGUAUCCAUGCUUUUAGUAGCUUUUGAACUGUACGAGAUUUGCACAGAUUUGCACUUAGUCUGUAUUAUUCACUCCUUCUAAGAAUCCCAAUUGAUUUCAGGGUUCUCUCAAGUCUGCAGAUUUGAUAAUAGUGCUCUUCACCUCUUCGGUUGCACUCGAAGCCAUGCUGCCAGUUUUAAACUCUUUCUGUCCUACUUUUGCAACCCCACAUCAGGAUACAACCCUGCAAUUUUUCGUAGUUUUAACAGUCUGCAGAGGACAGAUGAGAAACAUCCUCACCAGCAUACUCACUGUGUCUCGCUGUGUCAGUUGUCCAGCUGCUGUUUUGUUACUCAAGCACAAAGUGAUAUAAUGACGUACGGCCUGUGCAAUAUAUUGUAUAUUUUGGCAUUUCCAACUAUCCUCGAAGAGAAAAUAUGUCCAGGAAUAGAAAAUUGCACACUGAUGGAGUCAUUCAAAUGACCGAAUGACAAACUGUAGGGCUUUUUGCACCAAGUGUGUCAGGUAAUGUUUGUUUUUUACGCAUUUUAGCAGGUUUGUCCGCUUCAUUCUUACACAUAAUUUCAUCAUAUUUUAAUCCUUUUUACAACAAAUGUGAAAUAUGUAGAAAGAUGUGUAGAAAAUAAACAUUAUUUCAAAUUCUUUUUUAAAAUCAUUGUUGGACUUGGACUGA